AUGGGAAGCUACGAUGGCAGCCAGAAAAGUCUUCCCUUACCAAAAGUGGAGACUUUGCUUCCGUCCAAUCUGCUUCUGCCUCCACAGCAGGUGCAGAGAACGGUACUUGGAGUCAUCACUGGUAACGAUCAGCACAAGAGGUCGCUUAGCCUGGGGGCUGCACCAGCAAAGUCUGCAUCAGGCAUUGAAAAUGUAUUUCCUUUCACUGGCAAGAUGUUCCCCACUAAUACAGCUGUUGUGGCUCCCAAGCAAUGCUUUACCAUCUACGUGGAUGAAUCGGAGGACCAACAAGAGAACUGCUUGUUUCAUGUAGAAUUUCCACAUCUGGAAGAAUCCGAGGCCCAUAUUGUGAAGCAGAAAUUCAGUUUACUCCUUGAUGUCAGUGCAGCCUCUCCUAUGAAGAUCGACACCUCAUUACAAUGUCAACAUCAAGAGGAAGUUUCUGAAACUGACCCAGAUACUGCUGCUGUAGCAGAAUACGUUGAGGAGAUUCAUCGUUAUCUACGUGAAGCUGAAGUUAAACAUAGACCAAAGCCCUACUACAUGAGGAAGCAACCUGACAUCACUUCAGCCAUGAGGACCAUACUGGUGGAUUGGCUUGCUGAGGUCCGAGAAGAGUACAAGCUUCGUAGUGAAACCCUGUUUCUUGCUGUAAACUACCUGGACAGGUUUCUGUCUUGUAUGUCUGUACUCCGAGGGAAGCUGCAGCUUGUUGGCACAGCCGCUGUUCUCCUGGCUUCCAAAUAUGAAGAGGUCUAUCCUCCUGAUGUAGAGGAGUUUGUGUACAUAACUGAUGAUACCUACACGAAGAAACAGCUUCUGCGCAUGGAGCAUCUGCUGCUUAAAGUGUUGGCCUUUGAUCUGACCGUCCCUACAGUCAACCAGUUCCUCACGCAGUAUAUUCACAAGCAUAAUGCUGGCACCAAGACUGAACACCUUGCAAUGUAUAUAUCUGAGCUUUCACUUCUGGAGGAGCCUUUUUUGAAGUACCUUCCAUCAAUGACAGCGGCUGCAGCUCUUGCUCUUGCCAACUAUACAAUAAACAAAGUGUUCUGGCCUGAAACACUCAAAGCAUUUACUGGCUACAGCUUAAGUGACCUGGCACCAUGUCUAGUUGACCUGCACAGAGCCUGCCUCAAUGCACCCCACCAAGCACAACAAGCCAUUAGGGAGAAAUAUAAGACUCCCAAGUACAUGCAGGUCUCCCUCCUGACGCUCCCUGCUGCUCUUCCUCUGUGA